AUGAAAAUAAACACUCAUUUGGUUUGGUUACUAUUAGCAUUUACUAUUGUUUUAAUCCAUGCACGAAAUGUUCAUUAUGAUUUUAAUCGUCAAUUAGAUGAUGACGAAUAUAAUGUCAAUACACAGGAAAGACAAAUGUUUCAACUCAAUCGUAAUAUUGGCAAAUCACCAUUACUUCGUAAAACUUUAUUCGAUCCUUUUACAAGUGAAGAAAAUAUUCUAAAUCCACAAGAACGAUCAUUAGGUACUGCAAGAAGAGCUCAAUCCAUUGUCAAAGGUGAUCCAAGAGAAUUUAUGGGAUAA